AUGGCCCGCCUGACUGACUUUGUCGACAGUGCGACCUGCCGCCGACGAAAGCUGAAAUGCGACGAGAGGAAGCCGGUGUGCGGGCCCUGCAGCAAGGCCAAUCGCGAGUGUGUCUUCAGCUCCGGCCUCAUCUUCCGCCACCAGCAGAAUGCUUCGAUGAACGGCGGCCUGGACGGCGGCGAGGCCAGCCUUAAGGGUUUUUUCGCCUACAAGAACACCUUCGACGAGAACACCGUGUGGCUGGACAUUCCGAAGCAAGUGCAAUUCUGGCAUACGACGGACCCCUAUAACGAGCCUCUGUCGCCCGAGGCGGCGACACCUCCUCCCGCGCUGCCGACGUCCGCGCCGCCUCGCCCAGAUGCCGCCCUACACUGGGCGCCACAUGAUGCUUACCCCCCACACGACAACCAGCCCCCAGCCCAUGGCCUGCACGCUUUGUCCGCUGUCGCCACAGGCGAUCAUUUCGGAUACCUGCAACACGCCGCGCGGUCAGACAGCACCCCGGCUUCGAGCACUCAUGUCCCUCCCAUGCAUCCGCCCACACCUCGCCCUCGCCCUCCUAUAGCCUCAGUCGACUCUCCCAUCUCCCCUCCUGUGUCGAUGACCUCCUCGAACCAUAACAUUGACUUCAUCCUGAACCAUCCCGCCGCCGCUUCUCCUCCAGUCGACCCUCACCUAAACUCACCAUAUGGCCCUUCGCGCGAUGCCGUGUCUGGUGUCAGACCGCCGAGCUCACGCUUGUCCACCACCUCCAGUCAAGCUGAAGGAAGCGUCGAAUCCGACCAUGAGAUUACCUAUCUCUUGCGAUACUAUUCAGAAGGGCCCGGGCAAUGGAUGGAUCUGUUUGACCUAGGCUCUUACUUUGGUUCAUAUGUACCAGUCAAAGCGCAUUCAAAUCCCGUGCUAAAGUAUGCCGCCGCUGCUUAUGCCGCUAAAGGCCUUGGACGCAUCCGCGGGAAGAGGCCUAUUGCAGGUGGAAAUGGAAUACGCCGCGCCCGCACGGAACUUUACCCAAACGCUCAUUCCGUAGACUGGUACCACAAGGCCGCAGAAUACUACGACCACGCGGUGUCGCUCCUCCGCCAGGCACUUCAAGAAGAUUCCCGAGGUAGUGCCGCGCCGGAAGGCCAAUGGAGAGGUGGCGACCCUCCAGACAGGUUGGGCCACGCAAAGCGGCGCAGCGUCUCAAGCAUAUCCCCCUCACGGUGCAAUUCGGAUGAGCUGCUUGCCGCUACGGCGAUUUUGUGUGUAUAUGAAUUCCUCGACGCCUCUGGUUUGGAGUGGUCCCGUCAUCUCAAUGGAGCCAAGUCUCUCAUCGACAUUGCCAAAGACAGCAUGAUGCCCUUGCAGCUUCCAUCGCCUGGUAUUCCACUCCAACAGCAAUCUCCCAGGCUCUCUAAAGCUAGAAGAGCUACGUUCUGGAAUUUCGCGAGACAGGAUAUGCUUUCUGCAUUUAUCAAUGUGACUCAGACUCGCCUUGACACGGAGGAUCUUCCAAUGUGGAGAGAUGCCGGCCUGUUCAUUGAUGACAAUGGAUUUAUCCAGAUGGGCGAGGUAGCAGCCAGUGGCUAUCCGGAAGGCGACGACAUCAUGAAGGAAGACAUGAUUGCCAACGCUCUUGUCUGGCUCAUGUCUAAGGUGGUUAAUUUCAUGGCCGCGGGAGACGAGCUCCCCCAAGAUCCUGGUUCUCCUUGGCAGACGGGCGUCCCGCAGCGUACGCUCCUUGAUUACUGGAUUUACCUCAACCGCCAGUUUCAGACCUGGUACGAAGGUCUCCCUAUAAUCUUCAAGCCGUGCGCGCGAAUUCCUCCGUCGCGUAUCCCCAACGCUCUCAUUGAAGACGACUGCGACUCUAUACUUUCAGAAGUUUGGUACAGCCUUCCACUCUGUGCUUCAACCAUGCAGUCAUAUCACAUGUCGCAAGUGCAGUUGCUCUUGAACAAGCCGCAGGAGACAACCCAAGGGCGGUCGACCGUCUAUGACCGCUUCAACUCAUACGGAUCUACGGUCAAUGAAUGCCAAGCGCACAGUCGUGAGAUCCUUAGCAUCGCCCUGUCUCGACCGGACGCCAGUGUGCGCAUCCACUCAGUGCAGCCGCUGUAUACGGCCGGCCAGUGCGUUCAGGACCCGCGUGAACGCAGGCUGGUCGUCAAAUUGCUACGAGAUAUCGAGGCUGAUACUGGCUGGGCUACGGAGUAUAGAGUGAGACAACUGCUGCAGCACUGGUCUUGGAGCGAGGCCGAUGUCCCUUGA